AUGCCGGGGCAGGCCGGGAGUGGCGCAGAGGCGGGGUGGAGGGUCCCCGGCGCGGCCCGGGGCGAACGUGGCGAGCCCGGUGGUGUGGGCGUUGCGCGCCAGGACGCCGGGGCCGGCCGGGAGCGGCGCGGAGGCAGGAUGGAGUGUCCCCGAUGCGCGGGGUGGGGCAGGCGGGGCUGGUGCUGUCGGCCUGCUGAGGCCGCCGACGGGGCGGACGCGUCGACCGGGGCCGGGCUGGCACGGAGCGGAGAGGAGGCGCGGUGGAGGGGCCCAGCCGUGGGGGCCAAGCCGGGGCGUGGUGGACACGGCGACCGGGGUGGAGCGGGGUGGUGGGGAGGGCGCGGCGGUGGCAAGGAGCAGCGCCGGUGGAGAGAGACCGGGGUGGUGGAGACGGUGCGGUGGGAGAGCGGGGUAGCGGCGGGGAGGGCGCGGCGGGCAGCAGCAGCUGGGCAGACUGGGGAUGGGGCGGCGGGAGGCGGUGGCAAGGGGUGGCGCCGGCAGCUGCGGAACGGGGUGGCGGCGGGUAGGGCGCAGAGGGGUGGCGAGGAGAGCAGCUAG